AUGUGGGACCUGACCAUUUUGCUAGUCGUUUUGCCCUGCCAGAGCUGUAUGGCGGAAUAUCUGGGUACAUUCAUCUCAUCACAGAUUGUUCAUUUGCCGGAAUCGCAGGGCUUGUGCAAAUGGAUCAGGGGGUCGGGUCCCUCUUUUUUGACAAUCACUACCAAUACCACUGGCAAUUAUUCGCAGGUGUACAUUCCGAAAGUGGAUUCAAUUGAAUUUAUCCCAGGACUCUACAGUUACUUAUGCUUUAAUAAUGAUACAAAUAAGACACCAGUUACUGCUGAAUUUCAUAUCUACCGGCCUCCUAUGACUCUGGAGGUUGAGGUCUAUUCUUUCAGACAGAAUGAUGAAUCUUUUCUUAUUACCUGUAAACCAUUCUCUUCACAUUUCCCCAAGGAGCGGUUUAACGAAGAGCGUAUAUGUAUAAUUAAAGCAUCUUGGCCAUAUCAUUUUACUUGUAAUAACCAAUCCAACUUGAUCUGGGAAGAGGGCCCUGAAUCCAUGCCAGGAAUGCACAAAUUAUACUGCGACAUAGAUCAUAUUCUAAAUGAUUCCUCGGCUCCCACAAAGUAUAUUCAAAUGUCGGUAAAAACACAAAUCUACUUGGAUACCGGAUUCCAGUACAAUGGAGACUGGAAAGGAAUACCUUUCAUCUUUGACUACCCCUUGCUGGUCCCGAGAUUCCACCAUCCGAAUGUAGAAAUAAUUCGGACAGAUUUGAACAAGUUUCCCUGCUUAGCGAACUUCACGGAGGCGGAAGCAUAUCGUUUGCUGCCGACAGAGGUUGUGUGUGAACUUAUCAAUUGUCCUGACUCUGAUAUGAUCAGGACGUAUCUGCUCGAAGUUAACAACUCAUAUAAUUCAACGUUUAACUCACAAAACAACUCAGUUGUCAUAUCUAGUGAGUCUGUUGGACAUUACACGGUCCGAUGCACCAUCACGAUGCUUACAGUAAAAUAUAUACCCGUUUACCAGCACUCAGCUGUGUACAACUUCCAAGCUUUAAAACUAUUCAUCUCGCCUGAAAAGCAGUGGGAGUUCCGCUACGACGAGCAGGUCACCUGCAAUUUGAUGUCGAUCAGCCGAUUACGCUCGAAGCUGAGCUGGAGUUUAAGUCGAUUGGAAAAGGUGAAGGAGGUUAAGCCCGUCACACACACGGACGAGGACCAUUUGGAUGACUUGAAAAGAGUCGACGCAAAUUCUUCAACUAUCCACUUCGCUCGGCCUCUCUUCUUCGCAGACGAAGUGGGCUUUCCUGGCAUGUUCAAUGCCACCUGCGCAGUGUACUGGUUCCACGAUAAUAAGCAGCACGAAGUCAGCUUCCUACUCACAUUUCUGCCUCGGCCCAACUGGAUAUUUAUACAGCCGGAUCGUGUGGAUCUGCAACUCGGCGAGCUGGUGGCGUGUCUUUGUGGUCACCGGGGUUCUCUGGACGCCCAGGGGGACUACCAACUUUAUGCACAGGCAGGUGCAACCCGCGUGUUCUGGGUAUCUCCAGGGAAAUUAAACUCUAAUUACUCCACGUCAGAGUUAACAAUAAAUGAAAACACAUUCCAACUAAAAGAGCCACCCCAAAACCGCCUAGUCACCUUCCAAUGUGUUUGUGAGGCUUUGGAUAGGGAAAACCAAGUGAUACUGUUGCUUCAGCGGACAUUUAAUUUUUACGUUAUUUUUGAAGUUCCCGUUUACCUUAACCCGGACCGACAGUGCUACUUGCCAGGUGAGCCGAUCUCACUGUCCGUCCAUGAUGCAGUCAAGCUGAAGGCUUAUCUUGCUCUCUGGGGCAACAAGGCCAGGUUGCGAUACAGCACCGUCACUGACCUCAAUGAGAUAGACACACCAAAGUCAACACAUGAGAGUAUCUUAUCUCUGGACUACCAAAUUGUCUGGCGCAACAAAAGCUCCAUACUAACAGGAAACAAAAUAAAAGUCAAGGUGUGCCAAUUCAGAGAGAAGUCUGAAAACGCCGAAGAUGAUCAAGCAGGCAAGGUAUAUAUCGAUUUUUUUUAG